AGGAAGCCCCGUACGUUGAUUGAUUCGCCCAGAUCGGGUUACAAGAUGGCGGAUGUUGUGCAGUAAAGAAGGGAGAGAGAGGAAGACAGGGCCUGUCCGUCUUCCACAAGCUGUUUCCAUUUAACCUUCAUUCUGUGUCGCCUUUCGUUAUUUAUUUGCAAUAACAUGUCGCAUGACUGUUUAGUGGCGUUUUGCUCCUCUGUAAAAUCACGGCGGUGACGGUUUUUACUGGGGGGAGAGGAGGUGGAAAAACAAGAGGAGAAAGAGAAAGAACCGCGACCCCCCGAAAGAAAACAAGAAGGAUCAAUAUCUCAGCAGUGAAGGAAUCAUGUCGGAUACUCGGAGACGCGUGAAAGUGUAUACGCUGAACGAAGACCGGCAAUGGGACGAUCGGGGCACAGGGCAUGUGUCCUCAACCUACGUCGAUCGGCUGAAUGGAAUGUCCUUGUUGGUCCGGGCCGAGUCCGACGGUUCACUUCUGUUAGAAUCGAAAAUCAAUCCCAAUACGGCUUACCAGAAACAGCAGGAUACUUUGAUUGUUUGGUCUGAAGCAGACAAUUAUGACUUGGCACUCAGUUUUCAAGAAAAAGCUGGAUGUGAUGAAAUCUGGGAGAAAAUCUGCCAGGUCCAGGGACGAGAUCCAUCACUUGAUAUAACUCAGGACAUUAUUGAUGAAUCUGAAGAGGAGCGAUUUGAAGAAAUGCCUGAAACUACUCACACAAUUGAUCUUCCACCAUGUGAACUAAACAAGCUGGAAGAGAUUGCCGACCUGGUAACCUCGGUUAUCUCCUCUCCAAUCCGCAGAGAGAAGUUAGCACUAGCUUUAGAGAAUGAAGGCUACAUUAAAAAGCUUUUACAGCUAUUCAGAGUUUGCGAAGACCUUGACAACACAGAAGGUUUACAUCACUUGUAUGAAAUUAUUAGAGGCAUUUUGUUCCUCAAUAAAGCAGCACUGUUUGAGGGGAUGUUUUCAGAUGAGUGCAUUAUGGAUGUGGUUGGGUGUUUGGAGUAUGAUCCUUCCUUGCCUCAUCCUAGGAAACAUCGAGAAUUUUUGACCAAAACAGCCAAAUUUAAAGAGGUUAUACCUAUCACAGAUACUGAACUGAAGCAAAAAAUCCACCAGACAUACCGUGUGCAGUAUAUCCAGGAUAUAAUUUUGCCUACUCCUUCUGUAUUUGAGGAGAACUUUCUGUCUACACUAACGUCAUUUAUAUUCUUCAACAAAGUGGAAAUUGUUAGCAUGUUACAGGAAGAUGAGAAAUUUUUGACUGAACUCUUUGCACAGUUAACUGAUGAAGCAACAGAUGACCAUAAGAGGCGUGAAUUAGUGAACUUCCUAAAGGAAUUUUGUGCAUUUUCUCAAACACUGCAACCUCAGAAUCGGGAUGCAUUUUUCAAGACGCUGGCAAAUUUAGGGAUUCUACCUGCCCUUGAAAUAGUUCUGGGUAUGGAUGAUAUCCAGGUGCGAACUGCUGCUACAGAGAUAUUUUCUUAUCUGGUAGAAUAUAGUCCAUCGAUGGUACGUGAGUUUGUAAUGCAGGAAGCUCAGCAGAGUGAUGAUGACAUUCUUCUUAUUAAUGUAAUCAUUGAACAGAUGAUCUGUGAUGCUGACCCAGAACUUGGUGGAGCAGUUCAGUUAAUGGGGUUACUAAGAACAUUGAUUGACCCAGAAAACAUGUUAGCCACAGCAAAUAAAACUGAGAAAACAGAGUUCCUCAGCUUUUUCUACAAGCAUUGUAUGCAUGUUCUAAGUGCUCCUUUGCUGGCUAAUACAGAUGAUAAAUGCAGCUAUAAAGAUGCCGUUGUGGACAAAUCAAACAUGAAUAUUACUCUUUGUUCUGAUAACUUCCAGACGGCACAACUGUUGGCCUUGAUUUUAGAGUUGCUCACGUUCUGUGUAGAGCAUCACACAUACCAUAUCAAGAACUACAUCAUGAACAAAGAUUUACUGCGAAGGGUUUUGGUACUGAUGAAUUCAAAACAUACCUUUCUAGCCUUGUGUGCACUGCGUUUUAUGAGGAGAAUCAUUGGACUGAAAGAUGAAUUCUAUAAUCGAUACAUUAUUAAAGGAAACCUCUUUGAGCCAGUUAUAAAUGCAUUUUUGGAUAAUGGAACUCGAUACAAUCUGCUCAAUUCUGCAAUAAUUGAACUCUUUGAAUUUAUCAGAGUGGAGGAUGUCAAGUCACUUACAACGCAUAUAAUUGACAAUUUCUACAAAGCACUUGAAGAUAUAGAAUACGUGCAAACAUUUAAAGGGUUAAAGUUAAGAUAUGAGCAAGAAAGGGAUCGGCUUCAAAAUCAGAAACUAAGCAGUGUGCCAUCCAUAUUGCGUAAUAACCGGUACCGGAGAGAUGCACGAGCUUUGGACGAUGAUGAAGAGAUGUGGUUUAAUGAGGAAGAGGAAGAAGGAGAAGCUCUAGUACCACAUGUUGAAAAAUCUAAAUCUGAGGAUGACUAUCCAGACAGUUAUGGAAAAUUUCUGGAGACUAAAAAGGCUAAAGAAAGUGAAGACAAGGAAAACCUUCCAAAGCGGUCAUCAAGUCCUAGUUUUAAGUUUACAUUUUCACAUACUAGUCCAUCCAGUACAACGAAUGGAACAAAUGGCACUCAUGGCAAAUCAACAGCAGCUCAGACUACUCCAGCCAGUUCAACGAGUUCUUCCCCAAAACAUACCAGUCCUUCUACUGCGGUGACAGCAAAGGGAGGUCGUGUGGGUCUUGUAGAUUAUCCUGAUGAUGAGGAAGAGGAGGAGGAAGAAGAAGCAUCACCAAGGAAGCGACCCCGGCUAGGUUCAUAAUUGAUGCAUUUGCAUUAGGAUCUGAUAUAGUGGUGCAACUGUUCCAUGAGCAUCGGAUCUGAAUCGGAAAAGGCUCCUGUACUGUGAAAACAGAAGAUGCAAAUAAGGAGUAGCAACAGUAUGCUUCAACCAGAGGGCUUGAGUUCUACAUGGCAACAGUAUGCCAAUGAGGAACUGGAUCUCUCUGGAAUAAAGUUGGAAAGGCAAACUGGCCAAUAAGCUGGUAGGACUAGCAGUUAGUACCUGGGAAUUGAUUGACAGUUUCCCAAGUGGGGAAGAGAAUCUGAUUUGGAAUGGGUUAGGGAAAGCUUGAACAAGGCAGCAGGAGUUCCACCAGAAUGUUUUGGUGUUCUUUUCCGGGAAACCAAAAUUCGGAGAUGCAAACAGAGUCUCAUUUGGAAGCCUUAGCAUUCUGAAAUGAAUUAAGUGCAAUUCCACCUGUGUCCUCUACCUUGUUUGUCUCCAAUUGUGUGUUUUUAAAUUGUGGGGUGGUGGGGAGGGAGAAAACUGCAAAUACAUUUCUGCAUAAAAGGAUCUAAAGCUAUUAUUAGGACCAUAAUGAUGAAAUUGCAGUCAUGUUCAUUGGAUCCUGGGGCAUCCACUGGACCUGUUUAGCAACUUUAAUCAAAAUGACAAAUGGUUGGAAAAGCACAAGAAUAUGCACCUCAGAUGCCGUGUGAAACUUUCACAAACCAAUGUGAUAAAGCUGAUGCUGGUGGUUGCAGCAAAAAGGUUCAAGAGAAAAAUUACUGUUCUUAGAUCAUUUGCAGAUUAUAAUUCGUGAAAGUUUAGGUUUGCAAUGUUCCCAGCCCAAACAUAUUACUAAAUAGAGAAAAUUUUAUCCCAUGCGAUUUUUAUGUAUAUUUUUGGCUAUUGUAUGACAGAAUAACAUUUCAUUGUAGUUAAUAGAUAAUGGAGUUACCUUUUAGGGAACACUAAUUUUAACAGGCAACUGACAUAAUGCUAGGAGUUUCAUCGAAAGCUGCACCAAAACAUGAAUUAAUAAGUCUGCCAUUGCCCUGUUAGUCACAUUGUCUUGGAGAAGUCGUAAUUAAGAUUUCAAGCACAAUAAAAGGUUUGCUCAGUUCCAAAUGUUUUUAUUGCACAGUAUACUGUUUAGAUCAUUUUAAAUACAGUGGUUAACGCAGGUUGUUAAACCAGCUGUAGCCAAGUCAGACAACUGGCAAUCUGAGAAGAGCCUGAGGAUGUUAAAAAUAAAAUCAAACCUCUUUUUUUUAAAAAAACAAACGAGUUUUUUUUGGAGGUCAUCACUGUCCCUUGAUAUUUUUGGAGGUUUUGUAGUUCAACAUAAACAUUCAUGGGGAAAAAAACGGGCUAUCUGUCAUGUAGAUACAAAGUAUAAUUUUUCCAUAAGACAGAAGUUUAUUUUAUAUGGAUGAAUAACCACCACUGUAACUGUUAUUUUACACUGUACACAUGUUGAUAUUAAUAAGGCAAUGUAAGAUUCAGGAAUUAAAAUGUGACCCUGUAAUUCCAUAAACAACAUGCUGUUGUGUCUAUUUUCUGGUAAAAGAAGAUGAACUUUUAAAAAUGGUGCUGAAUUGUAAACUGAAAAUCAAUUAAUUGAUCUUUGAACAGAUUAUUUAGAAUUUUAUUUAUAGGAUUAUGCACAGUAUUUAAAAGAUAAGCCAAAGCAGCAACUAAUUGUGUUUAUGCUAAUCAAAAUUCAUUUUUCAAUUUUGUUAUUUGGUUACUUUAUUUGGGUGACUGUAUUGUGUACUAGUUAGUUUGAAAGUUUGACUAUUGUGCAUUUACUUGUAGAACUAGUAUAUUCGUUAUUUUAAUUUCAGAAUGUUUCAGUUGUGAUCCUCAUCACACAAUACAGUACAAUAUGUACUGUGCCAUGUUCUUGAGUAGUGACAGUUUACAUCUGUACACUAGAUUCAUCUUGCAAACAUAAAUAUAGUUCUAAUUUUAAAAUGAUUAUAUUUGUGAUGAACUGUUGCUGUAUUGUAACUUUAAAUACCAUUGAUUAUUCAAGUUUUAUUUUCACAUUCAAGAUAAUGGAAAUUUAAAAUUUGCCCAUUGACAAUGUGUAUUUCCUCUGUUUGCCUUGUGAAUCAUUUUGACGUUAGCUAACUAUUCUCCUGAAAUAUCUUUGUCUUCAGGCAUUCUUAAACUGUGGUAUCAUAUUUCAGUUGAAAAAAAUUAUCAACAUGCUUGUUCACAUAUCACAAUGCAUGGUCUGCAAUUCCUCAAUUGGUGGAUACAGCAGCAGUUAAUUUGUUUUAUUUAAUAUUUAUUUGUUAUAAAUGAAUUCUGUUAAACUGCUUUAUUAUAAUCAGUCCAUGAAAUUAAAUGCAUUUUAACUCCAAAAGGAAAUACUGUAGCUUAAGAUAAUGGAGUAAGUUGAAAGAAAAAUCCUGAUUAGCAUUGUCUUCUGACUGCACUUUAGCUUCUCAUUAAUAUCAUUUUAUACAUUUCCAAAAGUCAACACAUCUUACCAGUACAUUCCAAUCAAUUUUUAUAUUGAUUUAUUUUCAUUACCACAGCACUUUAUCGAAAAAUAAGCAUUGCUUACUUUUUAUUUUUAAAUGAUUUUGAAGUCCAAGCAAUGAUUUAUAGAUACUGCUUGUUUUUUUUAAUUUCAAAAAAUGUCCAUUUUAUACAAGUGUUUGCCCAAAUAUAUAAAAUUGUUUUGUACAUUGUUAUAUUUCUAUCUUACUAGGAUGUUAAAUAAUUUCCCACUUAAAUGAUUUUUUUGCUGACAGUGCCGAUUUAACAAAGGGAUUUCUAUUAAUUUAAUUGAAAGAUGUUUAAUAAAUUCAAGUUACUUUACUGUAUCAUUUGAAGCUAGUUUUUGAGUGAGGAUUUGAGAGUAAAAUGUUUCUGUUACAAAGCUGAAAAAUUCAGUUUUGUUAACCUCUUAAUCUGGCACACUUGGGACUUUACUGCUGGACUGGCAGAUUUUCUGGAUUAUUGAAUGCUACCAACAAGCAUUUUCUCUUUUUUAAUGUUUUACUGUACAUAUAAUAAAUUUUAUGGUAACUCAAAUGAGUGUCAAGAGUCACGGGAGAUGCAAUCAGAAUUUCAAGGGAACACAAGGGAUGCAACCAGGUGAGUUUCAGGGCCACACUGAAAAUGCAACCAGGUGAGCUUCAAGGUAGAAUGAGAAUUGGCAACUGGUGGGCCAGGUGCUGAACUCCUGGGAUUUUUGAACAACCAGGUACUUUUAUAGUGUAAUUUUUUCUUAAUAUGCAAAAAGUAAGGCAGAGAUUAACCGGAUUCUUUGUUAUCUUGGUAAUCAAGGAUAGAUUUCAUAUGUUCCCUUGAUUAAUCAGUUUUCCUAUUAAGUUGGUAAAUAAAGCAUGGAACUGGUCAAGAUGGGAUUGCUCUUCUAUACGUUAGAAUUGAGCACUUUCUAAAAUGACUUCUUCUGAAAUCUUAUGGAAUGUUCUAUUUUACACCAAAAAAUGCAGGAUGUCAUGUGUUUGUAAUACUUCUUCAUUCACAGGAUUUAGGUAUCACUGGCAAGGUCAUUAGUUACUGUCUACUCCUACCAUUAACUUAAUUGAAACUUAAAAUCCUAUCAAGAUGGGAUAGACUAUGGUCAAAGGAAGAAUGCAGAAACUAGAAAUCAAUGUUAAAGAAUACAUAGCAAGGACUUAAAGUGAGGAGAAAAUAUUCACAAAAAAUGAUGGUUUUGUGGAAGUCUCUACCUCAAGGUAUUUGAGAUUGCAUCUCCUACCUUAAUGAUGUAUUUUAAUGGCAGAGAUCUAUGGAAAUGGGGAGAAGGUAGGACCAGGUACUGAAAUAAAAACCAAAUGCUAGAAAUACUUGGUAGGUCAGGUGUCAUCUGUGGAAAGAAAAAUAUUAACAUUUCAAGUUGAAGAUCUUUACAAAUUUUAUGAUGUCUUGAAAAUGAAAGUUUCCACAAAUGCUGCUUUUACUAAGUGUCAAUAUUUUAUGGUUGUGAUCUUGUUUGAUUUCCCCCAUCUGCCCUUUUUGAUUGGGUAAUUUUCUUGAAAGGCAGAGGAGCCUCAGGGAGUUGGCUAUUCAGCCCUAGUUUCUAGGGCAGAGUUUAGAGAUAAUCCUUUAGAACUGAAAAACAGGAUUUUCCAGAAUAAUGAGAUCUUAUCCAUAUUGGGGUGGUAUAUGACAUGGAGAUCAUUGGUGGUGGUCUCAUCCUGAUGGAACUGUCAGUUUGCAAGGUGGUGUGAAUUGGUGCAGUGCGUGUAGAUGCUACACACUGCAGCUGUUGAGGAAUGAUGUUGGAGAAUGAAUGUUUGAAGUGUUGGAUUGGUCCCAAGUAGGUUGUCACCUUUUAUGUGUAAUUGAAGAUUUAAGGUGUAAAAUGGGAAAUGAAGGUUGAUUUAAAACUAUAGGUCAAAUGAAUAUACUUCA